AUGGCGACACGACACUCUCGUUCGGCAAGCAUUCCUAUCCCCCCAACCUCCGUUGCGCGAAACCUGGAGAGUGUAAUCCCGCUGUCGUUCAACCCCAGUGCUCCCGCUCGACCCCGGCUUUCCAGCAUCGGUACGUCGGCAAGCCCCAUCUUCGCCCAUCCCACCACUUCCCCCGCUCGAUCGGUGUCUAUGAGCUACGCCUCUGCCAUUGCAACUUCUCCGAGAGGUCGCCCUACUGGACCUUCUCAAGCCUCCCCGACGCCCCUCUUUGAGCCCCGCAUUAUACGCGCCGCUCCCUCCCCCAACCCCUCUCGCGACGCGGCCUGCAAUCCGGCUUCGGCUUCGCCAACGCACACGCGCCGCCUCAGCUCCGGCAUCCGCGCCCAUACCCCACACGGUCCCACCGCGCCUGCGCAUCGUACACCCUCCAGUACUACCGUGGGCCAUGUUCUCCCUCAAGGCUUCCCACGACCGGCAUACCUUGAGUCGUCAUCCUUGCGCAGCAUGCUCUACACGGAGGCCCCCCCGCAUGUUUUGGGAGCGGGAUCCAGACCAGCCCGAUUCCCAGUCACCGCCCACGAUUCACGAUCAAGUGCAAGUCCGGCCCCGCCUGUCAUUCCCUACCCUUACCUCGGCCGCGAGCUCACACCCGUCGUUGACAGUGACGAUGAGAGUCUCACGACGUCGCCCCCUCCGACUGUAGGCGGGGUUACGAUGAUCAGCACCAAUACCGUCCUCAUGCUCCCUACCCGUUGGAGCGAGCAAGAACGCGCCCCCUCCCUCAGCGUCUCCCUCGAUGGACGCGGGUUGACCUUCACUGGACCUUCUUGCAUGGGCGACCGAGAGGCUGGCGCGGCUCGAGCGAAUCACGCCAUUCCGCCGGCGUGUGGCAUCUACUACUAUGAGCUGGAGAUUCUUCACCACUGUCCGCAAGGGCCCAUCAGCGUAGGGUUCUCGGCGCCAGAGAUCCGAACGAACCGCCUCCCAGGCUGGGAGCAGAACACCUGGGGAUACCACGCAGAGGACGGCUGCUCGUAUGCGGGCCAGAGGGAGGGGCAUCCGUACGGUCCGAAGUUCGACACGGGCGACGUCAUUGGCUGUGGGAUUGACUUCAGUUGCAACCGCGUGUUCUAUACCAAGAACGGCGGUUUCCUGGGGAUGGUAUUUGAGAACGUGGGGAAGAACACCGAACUGUACCCAUGCAUCGGCAUGCGGCAGUCCAACGAGUCCGUCCGCGCGAACUUUGGCAGCGAGCCCUUCAAGUUCGCGAUCGAAGAACACAUCCGCGCCCAACGCGACUCUGUGUGGGACGGAAUCAUGGAGACCCCCAUCGACUGGAGCCUCCUCGGACUCAGACCGCGCCGCGACGACAGGCGGAAGCCGGCGAGCUCCGCGAAGACGGUCGAGAAGGCUGUCGUCGACGACGAAGAUUCCCGGGCGCCGCUGCGCAAGCUGGUGCUUGCCUACCUCGCUCACCACGGCUACGCGCGCACUGCCCGCGCUUUCCAGGCGCAAUGCGCGGACCGUGCCAGGGCUGCUGCCGAACACCCUCAUCUGCAACCACAGCCGAAGGAAGUCGACGAGGACGUGAAGAUGGCAUUCGACGACGCGCCGGCGGUCGCGAGCGCCCCAGACCCGUCGCGCGCGGCUGGCGAGGGCGACCUCAGCUUCGAUUACGACCUCAACACGCGCCUGUCAAUCACGAACGCCAUCAUCCGCGGGGAGAUCGACAGCGCACUGGCCCUGAUCCGCGUGCAUCACUCGACCGUUCUCGAGCGCGAGCAGGGCCUGAUCCUCUUCCGCCUGCGCUGCCGCAAGUUCGUGGAGCUCGUCCUCGCCGCCUGCGAGGCCACACGGCAGGUCGACGCAGAACGGGCGCGGGUCGCCGCGCUCUCCCCUGCGGCCUCCCCGCCACCCAUGCUUGACGGCGAAGACGUGGUGGGGCCGAUGGAUGGAGUGGGCGCGAUGGACGUGGACGAACCAUCGCCCGAGGCCCACCCCGCGCCGUCCACGGCGACGGCUGUCCCGACCGCGUUCCCCUCCGCCCCAUCCCCGUCCGCGUCCGGUGUCGCACCGCCGUCGGGGCUGACGCUGUCGGCGCCGUCGCCCCCACCCGCGCCGACGCCUGCGCACACGAACCUCGCGACGCUCGCCGCGGCCGCGCGCGCGUCGCUCAACGCGGCGCUCGCGUACGGCCAGACGCUCGACGCGGACUACAAGAAGGACACGCGGACGGGGAUCCGCGCGCACCUCCACCGCACGUUCGGCGUCGUCGCGUACGACGACCCGAUCGCGGCCGGCGGGGAGGUCGCGGAGACCGCGGGGCAGGCCGCGCGCAACGCGCUUGCGGCAGAGGUCAACCAGGCCAUUCUUGAAUCUCAGGGGCGUCCGGCCCACCCGGCGCUGGAGACGCUGUUCCGCCAGGCAAGCGCGUGCGUGACGCAGCUCGCGCUCCUCGGCGUCGGCGCGGCUGCGUUUGCAGACGUGCGCAAGGAGUUCGUGGAGGGGUGA